AUAGGAGACAAAACCCAAUAGGCGUCGGACCAACCAACAGAUCAACCAAUUUAUUUAAAAGUCAUUCUUUUCUAUCCGCGUUUGAUAAAGUAGGAGAAGUUUAUACCAGCGUUCACAAAGAUCUCACAAUCAUGGCGGACCCAUUGAGCUUGCUAAGGCAAUAUAAUGUUAAUAAAAAAGAGAUAAUCGAACGUGAAAAUCAAAUAAUCUUUGGGGAGUUCUCGUGGCCGAAAAAUGUCAAAACUAAUUAUUUAACUUAUGGGUCUGGCAAGGAAGGAACGCCAAAGGAAUACUAUACCCUUGAGUGCCUCUUGUUUUUACUCAAACAUGUACAACUUACACAUCCUGUGUAUGUGCGGCAAGCGGCUGCAGAGAAUAUACCAGUGGUACGAAGACCUGAUAGAAAAGAUUUAUUGGCAUAUCUCAAUGGUGAGACUGCUACAUCAGCCGCCAUAGACAAAUCUGCUCCUUUGGAAAUUCCUACUCAAGUUAAAAGGACAGCUGAAGAUGGAUUGGAAAGUGGUCCCUCUAAAAAGCCACGUUUUGAAGAGACUCAUGUCCAGAAAGUUAAAGAGCAACUUGCUGCCAGGUUGGAUGCUCCAAAGGAAGCUUCCGUCACAGUGGAUAACAUUAAAUCCCUUUCUGAGGCAAUGUCUGUUGAAAAGAUUGCGGCUAUCAAGGCUAAACGUUUAGCUAAAAAACGUACCACAAUUAAAGAAAACGAUGAUAUUGGAAUGGGAUCUGAUUUGCGUGUUAUAUUGAUGGAUGUUGAUGAUACGAAAGACAUAGUUUCUAGAGAAAGACAGUGGAGAACACGCGCGACUAUUUUACAAAGUAGCGGGAAAAUAUUUGCGAAGAAUAUAUUCGCAAUUCUUCAGAGUAUUAAAGCUCGUGAAGAGGGUAGACAGAAAGGUCCUGCUGCACCAACACCUAUAGUUACCCCACGCUCCACACCCAUGCGCCCGUUACCACAGCCAGCUGUUUACAAUCGUUACGAUCAGGAAAGGUUUAUUAGACAAAAAGAAGAGACAGAAGGAUUCAAAAUCGACACUAUGGGUACUUAUCAUGGCAUGACUCUGAAGUCUGUGACAGAAGGCACUAAUCCAGCUGUUAGAAAACCGCCAAGUAAUCCUUCCACGACUCCUAGUUCUGGCUUGCUACCGACUUCUGCUGCUAAACUUACACCGCAGCAAGCGGCGCAGAAUAAGCGUCCUAGCAGAACUCCUAUUAUUAUCAUUCCAAGCGCAAAUACAUCACUGAUCACAAUGUAUAACUCGAAAGAUAUACUACAGGAUCUGAAAUACGUCAGUAACGAAGAAAAACGAGCACAAGGCUGUAAACGAGAGAACGAAGUCCUUUUGCAACGAAGAAAGGAAGGUGGGCUCACGGUACCAUACAGGGUAGUAGAUAAUCCACAAAAACUUACAAAUGCAGACUGGGAAAGGGUCGUGGCAGUAUUUGUAAUGGGUCCAGCUUGGCAAUUCAAGGGUUGGCCUUUCGAUGGUAACCCUGUUGAAAUUUUUUCAAAAAUUUGUGCAUUUCAUUUAAAAUACGACGAAAUGAGGCUAGAUACAAAUGUAGCACGUUGGGCAGUAACGGUGAUAGAACUAAGCAGAACAAAAAGACAUUUGGAUCGGGCAGCAUUAAUGGUAUUCUGGGAACAUCUUGAUAAGUACCUAUCUAUUCAUAGAACCUUCAAAUACGCAUAUAGUACUCCAAUUACUUUAGCUGGUAUCUUAUUCCUUACAGGCAUAUGAUUAAAAACAAGCCACAUCUUCGAUUUUAAACUUGAUCCUGUUCAAGACCACGGUUAUCGUUAACAUGGGUGCACGAUUUUCGCUAGGUUACACACUGAGACAUUGUAUAUAUUACUGAGCAAAUCAACAUGUACAUACAUAUAUACAGAUAUAUAAGUAUUCGAAAAAUGCGAAAAUUUGUCGCGUCUGUACCCAUUUGAAGAGUUCCAUUACGAGAGCUUGGCAAUAAAUUAGAACUAAUCCUCACAUGUUCGCCCAAUGAAUAUAUAUUCGAACUGGGACAUACAUGAGAAACAAUUCACACGUGUAACAUUGUUAAUCUUUCGAUUCGAUUUUACAAAGUAUUCUGGAUUGUAAGAUUAAUAUCCUCGUGUAACUUUCACGUAGUAAAGUUCUUACUAUGGUAUUGGUUACUUUAGUAUAAACUGAUGUGCCUAUUAUUAAGCAAACAACAACAAGCAUUAUUCUUAAAUAUAUAGAGCAUAAAAAAGAACGUGUUUCGUAUAUCCAUACAUGUACCACAACAUGCAACACGAACGACUGGUAGAGAAGAAAAGGAAAUGUUCACGGUGUGGUACAUCCCGUGAAAUGUAUAUUACAGAACCAAAUAAAGAAUAACUAGUAUAUA